AUGGCUACCAGUACUAUUGCCAUCAUGAGUUCUGAUCCAGCAUCGGCCUCAUACCUGUCAGAUACCAGCAAGUAUGGGUAUGACUUUGUCGUGUCCACCACUCAAGCAUCUAUCAACUCGGGGCUGCUUGAAUACCUGGACAGUGACAGCCUGCCAGAGAUGUACAUUUGCUAUUACGCAGACAGUAAUGCAAACAUCGUCGGUGAGAUCAGUCUUGAUGAUGUUAAGGAGCAGUCUGGCUUUAACCCCUUCGACAUCCCCGAUGGUACCGACUACGAUGAUCCUCGCAUCACUGCCCUCACUACCAAGGCCAAGUUCAUCGUGGGUAUCCGGAUGAAGCUGGGGCUGCCACCAGAUAUCCUACCCAAGGACUUACCCAAACCGGUCGUCGAAUUUGGCAGCAGUAUCAAUGACAUGACAUUCCACAUGUACUGUCGAGAAUGUGACGUGAUCCAGAACUCGCCUCCCAGUGGAUUUGGCGGCGCGGGCCAAUGGCAGGUCUGGAGCCAGCCAAGAGACGAGGCAUGGUAUGUCGAGACAGAAGUCAGCCUGGUACAGAAGGAUCUGGACAAAAGUCUCGAUACCCCAUACCUUAACCAAAAUCCCAACAUACAGCAGCAGCUCCGUGACCAGUUAGAGAAUUUAUCCGGUACGGCCUUCAGCCUGUCACAGCUCCUCUUCGACUUGGAGACUGCGAAAGCCAAGACAGUCCCAUCAUUCGGGGGUGUUGGCGAGAAAGCCCAGACGGUACUGAACGAGUCUUACAUCAAAUUCUACGCCGAUGAUACCGCGGGAAUACCGUUGGUGGCUGUAACUGCAACGGCUGAGACUGCCGACAGCGGGUCGCUGACCCUGACCAGUCUCGAUCGCCAGCUCACGUUGAACGACAACGAUAGCAGGGUAUCGACCCUGGACUUCCUCUGCGCAACUGACGGCCACACCCAGCCAGCCACAAUGCCCUUCACCUGGAAUUGGGUGGCACCCGCAGAUGUUAACAGCGAGAGUGGCGUCAUGGCCAUCAAUCGGAAUACCUUUGCCGCAUAUCUGAAAGACCAGCUGGUGGAGAUGGUACGACCCGCGUGUAUUGCUGUGGAAAAGGUCACUGUUAACGGCCAAUGGGACUUUUUGGAUGCUGAUUGGUCCUAUUAUUGCCUGUUAGCUGCUGGUUACAGCCCACAAACAACCACCGUCUUGACCAACGCCAGCAGCCCUGAAGCAAUUCAUCUUGAAUUUAACAGCGAGAAACUGGAUUCGGCUCAUCUUGAUUUGUGGUAUUCUAAGCUCUGGGUCAAGACCAAGUAUACCUGCGAUGUUAGCUUUGAGAGUACCAACAUCAUUCGAAUCGUGCAGCGCGAGGUAAUCUGGGCCGAGGUUCUGGUGGACAGCUCUGGCGCUGACGGCAACAUCGCUGAUUAUACGCUCGACGAGACAUAUUCACUCUCUGUCAAUCAGUCGGGUAAUCUGCAGCUCAUCACUGAGAGCAGCGAGCAGACGAACGACUCGGUUGAUCCUAGCGUCAGUGGCUUCCUCGACUUUUUCACCGGCAUCAACGAUGUCUUUGACGGGCUUGAGGAGAAAUUUACCGGUUUCGCCAGCAAGGAGCUUCAGCAGGUGUCCUUUAAACCUAUGCGGAGUUUUGUGUUUCCGGGAGCGCAGGUCUUUACCUUCAAUCAACCACGCUUCUCCAAUUACGGGGAUCUGCUUUGCGGGAUCACAUAUGUGGAGCCAAGCACACAGGCUGCUCCUGCCCGCAAGGCCUUGACCUCUAGCCAAGCUACCUCACACCAGCUGAGCGCAUCGUGCGAGCUGAUGCAAAACUAUGUGGCUGGAAGCCUGGUCUCGCCCACUGGGAAGUUCACUGCUCUACAGACAAAGGCUGGCCUAAGUCUGGUCUUCGCGCUUGAUACAGCAGGAGCCUUACAUGUCUUUGAGGAGCAGAGUGGCACAACACAUACCGGCUGGCAAGUGCGCGACCUCUCCUCCGCGACGCUGAAGAACGCCUUCGCAGACCGAACCGACGUUGUCGUGCGUGACUUUGAUGUUGCUCAAAGCGCCAUCGAUGGGUCUAUUAGCCUAAUGAUGGCAGCCACAGUGGACGAAAAUGAUCACCUUUUCGUCUCCUUGCUCAACUCCAGCUCUGACCCCUCGUGGACCAGCUCGCCUAUCUGGAGCCCCAUCCCUUUUGACGCCGAAUUAUCCUCGUCAGAGAAUACAGCAGAUAGCAUCACCAUCACGGGCAUGCUUUUUGCCGAGGUAUUUAGCAAAAAGCAGUACAUAAUCGUGGACACCGAGCGCGGGAGCGGCGACGCCACAGCCAAGGACAUCACUCGUUAUGUCGUCAAUGCGGCGGCCGCCGAGGGGUCUCGCUGGGUCAAGGCAGACAUCCCCGUCGAUGUAGAGGAGACCAGGUAUCAGAGCUGCGUAGGCCGCAUAUACGGCGAACGCAUCGACGGAGUUUACACCAGUGGUCAGGCAGGAGAGUCAUCGCAGCUGGUGUAUGUGCCUCUGGAAAAUGUUUAUGGGGAUGGUCCCCCGGAGCCUACCCGUCUGAGCCUCCCCAGUGGCAUGCAUCCCACAGCUAUUGCGGUGGCGCGCGAUGCCAACCUCGACUCCGAUAAAUUUGGUGGCACCGAACUGUACGCGGUUAGCGAUGCUACUCUCUAUCUCUAUGACACCGCAACGCAGCAGCAGGGAACAGCCCCCACCGCACUUGUCACGAACGAUUCCCUCUCCGGAACCGAUACACUAUUCGCGAUGAUGCAGGAUGGGGUGACCACUCUUUGGGGCAAGAACGGCAACGACGUCGUCUAUUACCUCACUUGCCCCAAUACUCAGCUGUCAGUGCCGGGAGCUUGGUCGGCUCCAGUCCCUCUUCUGACGGAAAUCGAACGACUUUCGCCGUACGUGAACCUUGCCGAUGGCGGCCGAACCCUCUUUGCCGCGGGAGGAGGCGUAAUCCAGAAAAUCGUGCAGAAACCCAGCACAGCUGGUAGCAUAUGGCGACCUCAGCGCAUCACUUUGGCAGCUACUGCACCUACUGAGCCUGCUCUCUCGUUCAACUCUUACACCACCACAGUGCAGGUAGUUGGCACAGAUAAGAUGCCCGUUCGAGAUGCGUCUCUGGCCAUUUCCGCUGAAACAUCCACCCCGGCUUACAUCAACGGGCUUUACUACGUGCUAGGCGGUACUCCGGUGACUGUGAAGACCGACGCCAUGGGGACUGUGACGGUGAUCGAAGCCACGGAAGAUCUUCAAGGUACCCCUUUGACCGUGGAGAUAGCGGAUGACAGCAGCACCACACCGCUGGUCGUCCGCCCACUGGACACGGCCUGGAAGAAACUUUCCCAGUUGAACUCCACUGAGAAUUUGCGUGCUGCUAAGGUGCCGACUGAUAUUGUUGCGGGAGGUGUACUCGGGUCAACUGAGACAACAUCGCUGGUCGAUUCGGCCGCUGAUGACAGCGACGUGCAGGCUACUGCGGCUGCCAUGGAUCAGUUGGGUACCACUUGGUCGAGCAUCCAGAGUGGAACGACCCGCGCCUUGGUCAGAAAUCGGGGAGUUGUCCCAGCCAGCUUCUACC